CACCACGCCAGUUGUGUAUCAGAUGUCAAGAUAAAAAGACGUAUAUUAGAAUCAAGCGAGGAGUGAGCUAGAUCAGCAUUUUAAUGAAAAAAAUAAUACUCCGUACUUAUAGUGUCUAGUACAUAGUUUAACAUAACUAGAUAAUAGAUUAUAUUGCUGGUGCCAUUCGGUUUCCCACUGUUUCAUGGUGUUUGAUCAGUGAUAAUAAAUUGAAUGACUUGUGAAUUUUAAAAUAAGACAAUAAGAAGUUUAAGUGCUACAUCUCUUAAUAAUAUUAUGUCUGCCUUAUUAAUGUGAUUUAUAUUUAGAUAACUUCGCUACAGCCCGAAUAGAGUUAUUUGAAUGUCUUUGAAACCUUAACAAGGAAUUCCCUGUUUGAGUAAUGUGUACAAAUAUCUCUGUAGUUUUUAUUUACUGUAACAAUUCAUUUGGAAACCGUCACAGUUGUAUAGCGUUCGGCAUUUGAACUGGAAUAUUAAAUACGAGGGCACAGAUUAAAAAAACAACAAUGCUAAAACUGAUAAUAUUAUUUCUAUUUGUAUCAAUAAGUGUUUGUGAAGUGUGUGAUGUAUCAAUUGAUAUAACGAAUGGGACACUUCUACGAAACGGUGAUAUUGUUCAUAAUGAUUUUAAAUACACGAAAAAUGAAUACUUCAAAAGAGGAAAUUCAAUUAGAGGUUGUAUAUGCAAUAAGAAGAGAUGCCUGUUAAAGUGCUGCCCGUUCGGAUACGGAUAUGACAUGAGAUUGAAAGAGUGCGUCGCGACGAGUAGAGCCUUCGAACCACCUGUGUACGAUAACUACGCUAAUUUACAAAAUAUUAAAAUCACGGAAUAUUUCCACUUUAACUUCUCGAAACCGAGGUGCGCAUCUGAUGAAAUCCGGGUUGAAAUUAAACAAGUGUUCACAGACAUACACCUGACCAAAGACGGCAAAUUGUACGUGAACGUCCCAAGCACAAUACCUCCAUUUAUGUUAUACGAACCGGAUAAAUACUGUGUGGAUACAUUUAUAAGUGAGAAUGAAGAUGGGGCUGUCACGGAAAGCUUCGACGCCCUAAUUUGCUUCGCCACAGAGAAAGAGUCUAACCAUUACGUGUUGAGCUCUACUUGUAUGAUUAUAUCAUGCGUGUUCAUUCUCGCCACCGUGGCGGUGUACGGCUGGCUGCCGGAACUCCGCAAUCUCCACGGCAGGGUCCUAAUGGCUUACUUGCUAUGUUUGUUCGUCGGUUUCGCUUUCCUCGCCGCGAUGCAGAUAUUACUUGUCAUAGACAAUAUCAGCACGGACUGCUGUAUUGCCUUCACGAUCAUCAUAUACUUUGCGCUGGAAUCUGCCUUUUUUUGGCUUAACGUCAUGUGCUUCGAUAUUUGGUGGACCUUCAGUGGCAAACGAGGCAUGACUAUGGAGAAACUGUCAGUCAGGGCGAAGUUCUGUGCCUAUUCUAUAUACGCGUUCGGUAUUCCUACCGCAUUGACCGUCAUCUUGGUGGCGUUGGAGUUCUCUGAUUUGCAACCCCACAUACUUUUACCUUUAAUUAGGAGACAAGGGUGCUUCUUGUUUGGCUACAGCAAACUCAUCUACCUGUACGGUCCCAUGGUCAUCUUAUGGUUUGCGAACUUGAUUUUCUUCAUACUAACCGCCGUCAAAAUAACACAAAUCAAGAAACAGACAUCAGUUCUCAAGUCGAGGGAAAGCGCAACACACGACCGUCAGAAUACUGAGAGACAGAGCCUUUACUAUUUCUCCAGGUUAUUCUUAUACGCCAAACUGUUCGUUGUGAUGGGAGUGAACUGGCUACUGGAGGUCAUUAGCGCCUUGUAUCCGAAAGCAGAUGAAUUUUGGAGGUUCACUGAUGCCUAUAACGUACUCAUUGGUCUCAUAAUAUUCAUUAUAUUUGUAUGUAAACGAAAAAUCUUCAGACUCAUGAAGAAAAGGAUAAAAGACGGGAUUCGACACAAAAAUGGGACGAUGGGCAGUAUGGUGAACACGCAAAGAAUUCAAACAAACCUUCAGAAUUGCAAACAGAGAGACAGUCUGGAAACCAUCAAAACAUAUUGCGCUGACUCUGACAGCAAUAAAGGAAUGAACACAACAAACUUCUAACAAAACAACAACAUCGUCGAAAUAUAAAAAGAUAAAUAAUUGUAUAAAAAUACAAUCACAAAACUGUAACAACUCACAAAAGAUAUUAAUUUUAAUGAAAUUGAUCUCAUUAUUUAAUAAAAAUUAUAGAGUAAUAAAAGAAAGUGUCCUUUGAAUAUGAAACCGUUGACACAGAUAUAUGAUGAAAGCCUUUUAACGAAUCGACAGAAAAGUAACGGUUGUUAUAAAAUGCUUAUGAUUUCUGAUAGACUCACGUCUAGACUAUCAGAUUACAUAUACAUAGCUUUAUCUUAAAGCGUGAUCAAAAAGAAGUUUUCAAGGACAUUCGAUAUCAGCAAAAUGAUUGAAAGAAAACAAUAUGAAGAUACAUACAAGUUCGCGGCGGUUCGUUGACAAAAAGCCAAUCCUCGACAAGGACCUACUCAACUCGAGACGACAUCGCUUUGAACUCGAGAAUUAAUUAAAAAAACAUUAAUGUUUCAUAUUUGACAAAUCAUAAGUUUCUAUCGUUGUUGGAGAUUCUUAAAAAAUAUAAUUAUCUAAACGCUAAAAUAUCUAAGUUAAGGAUAGCGUUAAGUAACACUCUUUUAUUGUCUGUUAAAUAAUAAAAAAAUCUAUUUAACUUUUCUGAGCAGCUUUGACAAAUGAAUAUAAUUAUACGGACUAGUCUCAAAAGACAUCACAUUAGAAAUUAAGUUACUAUUAUCAGUAUGUAUAAUCGCGCUUAUUUUAAGUUACGUUUUAUGUAUAACUGUCACAUAUCAAUAAAAUAAGGAAAUUUAAUUGUAUAACUUUCUUCCAUAACAGGAGUUUUAUGCAUUUUUUGGUAUGUACUGUAUUUUUUUUUUUUAUAUAUAAUUGAAUUUUUUUAAAUGUUUUUACGUAUUUUAUAUGAAUAAUGUACGCACACCUUGAAUGUAAUCGAUUAGGUAAUUUACAAUCAGUAAGUAUUAUAUAUAUUUUUGUAUUGUAUAUUGUUAUAUAGCCAUAAUGAUGAGAUCUGAUACAAAGCUCUGAAAACUAUUUUAAUUCAAAACUCCGCAAAUUUUACAUUAUUUUGCCUUGGAAUGUAUAUGUUUCAUGAAUAUUGGUGCUUUCUAUAAAUAAUUGCCUCCUUAGACCUCUUUGAUAAUCACUCAUGAAUGAAAUGCAAUGUAUAUUGUACAUUAAAACGUUUUACAAUGCACCGAUAACUACAGUCAAGCAAAUUAUAAAUUAUAAUUCUACCUCAA